CGCCGAUUUUGAAGUUAUAAAAUCUCUAGAUCCCUCAAUGGAUAAAUGUGUUGUUAAAAUUAAUGUUUUUAGAAGACAUCGGCAAACAAUACAGUAUAUUACCCCAACCGAUUUUGGUAAAUUAUUACAAGCUGAACUAAUUGUUAUUGAUGAAGCUGCAGCUAUUCCAAUGCCUUUAGUUAAAAAAUUAAUUAAUGGCUCCAGUUUACUCUUCCUAGCAUCAACCACAAGUGGUUAUGAAGGUUCUGGGAGAUCCUUAUCACUUAAAUUGCUUGAACAACUAAGAAAACAACAAAUUACCGGAGAUAAAGACGAAAAUAAAAAUAAAAAACGUCUUUUUGAAUUAAGUUUGGAUGAAAGUAUUAGAUACGGAAAUGGAGAUUCGGUAGAAGAAUGGCUUAAUAGAGUACUUUGUUUAAACCCUUCAAAUUUAAAGAAUACAAUUUCUGGAACACCGGCUCCGGAGAAAUGUGAAUUGUAUUAUGUUAACCGAGAUGCCCUUUUUUCUUUUCAUAAGGCUGCUGAAGUUUUUCUAUCCAAUUUAAUGUUUAUUUAUGUGGCUGCCCACUAUAAAAAUUCUCCAGACGAUUUGCAACUUCUUUCAGACGCUCCAGCACAUCAUCUAUUUGUUUUAAUGUCACCAAUUGCUUCUGAUCAGAAUUAUGUCCCUCAGAUUAUGGCUGUUAUUCAAAUUUGUUUGGAAGGAGCAAUUUCAAAACAAACUGUAAUUUCAAAACAAGGAAAAAAAGUUGCAGGGGAUUUAAUUCCUUGGACUAUUUGUCAACAAUUUUUGGACAGUGAAUUUUCUCUCUUAUAUGGUGCUCGUAUUGGUAAGAAAAAAAUUUUUUUGAAAAUUUUUUUUCUUUUUAAAGUUCGUUUAGCAGUUCAUCCAGAUUUUCAAGGAAUGGGUUAUGGAUCAGCAGCUAUUCGAAUGUUACAAAAAUAUUUUAGAGGAGAUUUUGGUCAAAUUCAAGAAAGUGAUAAGUUAAGCAAGAGAAGAGACGAUACUUUAGAUGAGGAUAUGGAAGGAAUUGAGGAAGAGGAUGAAAAAGAAGACGAAGAGGAGGAUGAAGAGGAAAAUAAUGAUGACAGUUUAACCCCUCGAACAAAUUUACCUCCACUUUUACAACGCUUAAAUGAAAGAAGACCAGAAAGUUUGGAUUAUAUUGGUGUUUCAUUUGGCCUAACAUUGCCUUUAUUAAAAUUUUGGAAGCGUUGUAAUUUUGUUCCUUUAUAUAUUAGACAAAGUAAAAAUGGAUUAACUGGAGAACAUAAUUGUAUUAUGAUUAAUACAAUUUUAAUAAAAAAUGGAGAAGAAAAAGGUAUAUUUGUUCUUCCUUAA